AUGUCUUCACCCCCAACGUCCAAGAGAAUUAAGACGUCGGCGACAAGCAGCGCUCCCUCACAUCUUCUCUCUCAACAACAGAUCCAUCCGUUCCACCGAGUGCCCACGUUCGAAGGUAUUCCCAUUCCGACUGCGCCGAUUCCCCAACAGACAUCAUCACGCAAACGCCCAUCAUCGCCGACCGCAGGCUCGUCCGCCAUGAUGGCUGGACAAAUGAAUCCUGGCUCGAUCGAGGACCCUGGGUCCCUCCCCGCGCCCGAGCCCGCCCCGAAGAAGAAGGGUCGCACCAAUACCCCGUGGACCGCUGAGGAGGAGCAACGACUGAAGACAAUGCGCGAUGCUGGCCGGAGCUGGAGCGAAAUCGCCAAGACAUUUCCUACUCGCACUGAGGGGAGCGUCAAGAAACAUUGGUACAAAGAUAUGCAUUAUGCCGAAUUCGCCGAAGAUGAAUCCGUGAAACUCCGCGAUGCGAUCAAAGAAUACGAGGCAAACAAGUGGAAGGUCAUUGGCCAGAAAGUGGGCAAGCCCGCUAAGGCUUGUGAGCAGUAUGCCAAAGAGCACUUCAAGAAUCUUUAA